UGUCCUCACAAUCUCCACUGCAGCUGAGCGGAGGGGAUGAGAGAGCGCAUCUGAGCCCAGUGCAUGCACAGAGGACCACCAACAGCAUCACCAUCAGCGGCGGCUAAGCUCUCCAUGCACCGAUCUUCAUAUAAAAGGGUCCUGGACUUGUGAAGCAGAUACAGUUUGAUUGAGAGCAAAGAGGGAGAGGUCCGCCUGAUUUCCCAAGCUUUUGGCAAGUCACCUCAGAGUCGGCAAAACCUAUUGAGCCAACACCACAAGAACAAACCUGUUGCUGUGCUCAAGACGGGUGAACAGCAAAGGACUGGCAAUACAAAAUACUUGGAUUACAGGUGCAAGUGGAGUGGAUUGGAUUGGAGUAGUGUGUUCCCAGCAUGCAUCUAGCCCUGAAGCACCAUGUGGCAACUGUGCCAACACAACGCUGGAUUCUAGCUUUUGCUCUCUUUCUAGCUCUACAGGAUGCUUCUUCUGCUGCUCCCUCCGGGGAUAAACAGCUGGUUCGGACAAGUCGAGUAAAGAGACAGAUCCCAGAUGGUGCUCCCUCCUCAGUCAACCAGACAAUGCAGGAGCAACCUUUGGUUUUCAACCACGUCUACAACAUCAACGUACCCGUGGAAUCUCUAUGCUCAGUUGACCUUGACACUUUGGCACCACCCGCCCCAGAUGAUGGUCAGCGUGGUGAGCUUGGGUCCCGAGCCUCAGUAGAAGGACCACUAGACCCAGUUGGGCCCACGGAAUACACCGAACAGACACUGGAUGCAGACAGUCAAGUAACGUUCACUCACCGUAUCAACAUUCCAAAAGCGGCGUGCGGUUGUCCGGCAAGUGUCACGAUCCAGCAGCUCGCCACCAGGGUGGAGAUGCUAGAGAGAGAGCUUUCCACACUUCGAGCUCAAUGUGGAUCUGGUUGCUGUCGGGAGAACCUCGGACAUUUCGACUAUUUCCCGGGAUGCAAUGGCCACGGCAGCUUCAGCAUGGAGCUCUGUGGCUGCAUAUGUGACGUAGGCUGGACCGGCAAAAAUUGUUCGGAACCCCGUUGCCCUGACGACUGCUCAGGUCAGGGCGUUUGUGUCGAAGGGGAGUGCGUUUGCGACCGAGACUUUGCUGGAGAAAACUGCUCUGAGCCCAGAUGCCCGGCCGAUUGCUCCGGCCGUGGCCUGUGCAUCGAGGGAGAAUGCGCAUGUGAGGACUCCUUCUCCGGAGAAGACUGCAUGGUUGGGAGGUGUGUGAACGACUGCUCGGACCAAGGCCUGUGUGUCAACGGAACAUGCCAGUGCCGGCCUGGGUAUGUCGGGGAGGACUGCUCGCUGGUGUACUGCGCCAACAACUGCAGCAAAAAGGGAAUCUGCAAGGAUGGAUUCUGUGUGUGCCAGGAUGGCUUUGCUGGUGAUGACUGCAACUCUGUCGCACCUGCCAUGAACCUGAAAGUCCGAGGAGUAACGGAUAGAGACGUUGAACUGGAGUGGGAAGGUUCCGUGGUCCUGACGGAUUUCCUCGUGACCUACACACCAAGCAGCCCGGGAGGUGUCCAACUAGAAACCCGGCUCCCGGGAAAUACCACAUCCUGCACAAUAUCAGAUCUUGAUGCAGGCAUGGAAUACAACAUCAAUGUUUUUGCUGUCAUCAAUAACAGCAUCAGUGUUCCAGCCAGCAUUACUUUUGCAACUUACCUCUCCAAUCCUGAUGGAUUAGUCUUCAAAUCCAUCACAGAGACAUCAGUUGAGGUCCAGUGGAAACCUUCCUACUAUUCCUUCGAUGGCUGGGAGAUCAGCUUCAUCCCCAAGGACAAUGACGGUGGGAUGACCGCCCAGCUGCCCAGCACCAUCACCUCCUUUGUACAAACUGGUCUGAGACCAGGAGAGGAGUACACAGUGAACCUGGUGGCGCUCAGAGACCAAGGUCGCAGCCAGCCUGUUACAGCUACUGUCACAACAUUGAUUGACGGACCCACUCAGCUGGUUGUGCGCGAUGUGUCUGACACGGUAGCGUUCUUAGAGUGGAUGCUGCCAAAAGCCAAGAUUGAUCAGAUCGUGUUGCGUUACGGCCUCGUGUCAGGCGAGGGGCCGCGGACUACCUUUCGUCUCCAGCCCACCCUCAGCCAGUACACCCUGCAGGUCCUGCGUCCAGCUUCCACUUAUGAGGUUUCUGUGAGCGGCAUGAGGAACGGAAAUGCAAGCGGCUCCAUUUCCAUUGAAUUUACAACCGCUUUAUCGUUCUUCUCAGAGAUUGAUGCACCCAAGAACCUGCGUCUCCUCUCUAAGACCUCCACCACCUUGGAGCUGGAAUGGGACAACAGUGAGGCGCAGGUGGAAGCCUACCAGGUGGUAUACAGCACGCUGGCAGGUGAUCAAUACGAAAAAGUCAUUGUACCAAGAAAUGAGGGAGCCAACACCAAGACCACUCUCACCGACCUGCUGCCUGGCACAGAGUAUGGUAUUGGUAUUUCUGCUAUGAAAGGCAACAACCAAAGUACAUCAGCCACAAUGAACGCCAGAACGGGUCUGGAUGUGCCUAUGGAUCUAACCGUAACAGCAUCUACAGACAACACCAUCACCCUGGUGUGGGGCACAGUCCAAGGCCCCAUUGACUUCUAUAAGGUCACCUUCACAUCUUCCUCAGGCGUGACUACUGAGUUGACUGUGCCUAGAGAUGAAACCACCACCACUCUGACAGACCUAGAGCCCGGAACUGAAUACACUAUCACAGUGGCAGCAAAGAGAGGGAGACAGCAGAGCAAUGCAGCUUCCAUCGAUGCAUUUACAGGGAUCCGGCCGGUUUCCCACCUCUACUUGUCCGAGGUGACUUCAGACUCGGUGCUGGUGGCGUGGAGCUCGCCAGCACCGCCCGCUGACAUCUUCAUCCUCAGCUACAGCUCUGCUGAUGGCACUGACACCUCUAAGGUGACCCUGGAUGGCUCCAAAACGAGGUCACUGGUGCAAGGGCUGCUUCCCUCCACUCAGUACACCAUCAGCCUAAUCACAAUACAGGGGGAAGUCACCUCUGAGCCUAUUACAGCAUCACUCACAACAGGUAUGGAUCCACCCAAGCAGAUGACUGUGUCCGCCGUGGCUGAGGAUAUAGUAACUAUUUCAUGGAUCAAACCGCUGGCUCCAUUUGAAUAUUAUAAGCUUUCUUACCAGUCAGACAGAGGUCGAGUAGACAGCGUUGUGAUUGACAGUGAUGUGACCAACUAUACCUUGUCCAGUUUGUUCCCUGCUACCGAGUAUGAGAUCAGUUUGAACGCUGUCAGGGGGAGCCAGGAGAGCAAAUUGGUCAGCGCCUCGGUCUUUACAGCCAUGGACAUGCCAUCAGAAUUGACUGCACUCAACAUCACUCCACAAGGAGCCCUGCUGAGGUGGAACCCCCCUAUGUCCAUUGUCGACAAUUAUGUGCUGACUCUCACACACAACCAGGUGACGGCAGAUACAUUCCUCGUAGAGGGUAACAAGCAGGAGCACCAGCUGUCCAACCUGAAGCCAAGCACCUCCUACUCAAUAGCCCUGUAUGCCACCAAAGGACCCUUAACCAGCGGCACUGUCAUCGCCAACCUCCAAACACCCAUGGACGCUCCUCUGAACCUAACAGCCAGUGAAGUGAAUCACCGCAGCGCUCUGAUCUCCUGGCAACCGCCUAUCUCUGAAAUUGACAACUACAUGCUCACCUACAAGUCACCCGACGGCAACCGCAAAGAAUUGAUCCUGGACGCUGAAGACACGUGGAUUCGCCUGGAGGGGCUGCCUGAGACCACCGAGUUCACCGUCAAGCUGCAGGCAGCGAGGGGUCUCGACACAAGCGCAGUCGUCUCCACAACUUUCACCACAGGGAGUCGUCUGUUUGCAACGCCUCAAAAUUGCGCGCAGCACCUGCUGAAUGGCGAGACACUGAGCGGCGUCUACACCAUUUACAUCAAUAGGGACCCCAGCCAAGGCGUGCAGGUGUACUGUGACAUGAGCACGGAUGAAGGAGGCUGGAUUGUGUUUCAACGUCGUCAGAAUGGUCUGACAGAUUUUUCCAGGAAGUGGAGUGACUAUCGGGUUGGCUUUGGGAACCUGGAGGAUGAAUUCUGGUUGGGUUUGGACAACAUUCAGAGGCUCUCCGCUCAAGGCCGCUAUGAGCUUAGGAUCGACAUGAAGGAUGGGCAGGAGUCAGUCUAUGCCAAUUAUGAUAAAUUCUCCCUCGGAGAUGCCAGGAACCUUUAUAAGCUCAGGAUAGGAGAGUACAACGGCACUGCUGGUGACUCUCUGAGCUACCACCAGGGACGACCCUUCUCCACUAAAGACAGAGACAACGACAUUGCUGUCACUAACUGUGCCUUGUCCUACAAAGGAGCCUGGUGGUACAAGAACUGCCACCGGGCCAACCUCAACGGAAAAUACGGCGAAUCCAGACACAGUCAGGGAAUUAACUGGUACCACUGGAAAGGACACGAGUUCUCCAUUCCCUUUGUGGAGAUGAAGAUGAGGCCAUUCAACUUCCGUAGCAUCAGUAGCAAGAGGAGGCGGUCAGUGCCCGUAUGAGCACCCGUAUGAGCAACCUCCUGCUGAGAGGCAGAGACGAAUUGAAUUUGGACGACUGUUUUGUUGAUGCUUCGCCGUGCACAUCGCUAAAAGGAAACAUCUCAUUGACAAGAAUUAGUGUAGCAGUCGUUACUUCCACUUUAAAUUGGCAACUUAUAAUUAUAAAAUUAAAACAUGACUGAUUGAUCAUUGUGUUUUUAAGAUAACUCCAAAAAUUAAGAAAACAAAAUGGAAACAUUGCUUUUAAAGGGACUAUGUGGGAUUUUUAGAAUUAAUUUAAAAUACAAUUCUACUACACGCAUGCUGCCCUUAUGAGUACACAGCCCCCUAAAAUGUUAACCGAGACAGCCCCAAUAAGCCCUUUUUUACCUUCAAUAGAGAGCCUUAUGGUCCAACACUCUGGGCAAACACGCGCUUGCUGUGCACGUCGCGCCCUUCUUCACCGAGCCUCUGCCUAGUCUCUGCUUGGCAAAGACACUUUUUUAACCCACUUUUUUAACUACUGCUACUAACUGUUUUUAUGUUUCUGGUGCCGAUUUGAUGGGCCAAAUGCUCGUUGCUUUAUAUUUGUGCUCGUUCAACCGUGCACGAACUGCAAUUACGCUUCAGGCCAGAGGUGGUAUUCACGCGUGAAAAAGUGACAAUAUGCGUAUAGUCCCUUUAAAGUUUAAAAUUUUGUAAGAAACAGGCCUAACAUUUUCGAAAUAAAAUAGAUCAAUAUUUUUUGACUGCCUGAUGAAUACCAAUAAAAAUAAAUAUGCUACACAGAUUAACAAAGCUGUGGGAACAAUUAAUGAAUACAAAUCAACUCGUGGAUGGCAAUCUGACUAGGGCAGCGAGCAUCAAACAAAACAUCGUGCGACUUGUUCGUGUGCGCCUCGUAUUCAUGUAGAGCCGUCGUCUUUCCCUGCUGUCCUUCCUCCCAGGAGAUAAAGACACUGUAUGUAAUUUAUUCAACAUCUUUGAAUGACAAUUCCUCUCUUUUCUGUAAAAAUUAAAACCCUUACAAAAACAAUAGCAAGGAUUAACGAUAACUUUUAACAACUAUCAAGGCCCUUACUGUAAGAUAUAUAAAUAUAUUUUUAUAACUGAUAUUGUGGUAAAGGUUCAUCACAUUUGAUUUGAUGCCUUUUCAUUAUUGGAUUCAUAUGUAAACAUGAUACGCCUCUUUUACACAGACUAUUACCUGGUUGGUGUUAUGUAUAAUCAGAAUGAAAACAUAAUAUCUUGUCAUGCAUCGAGCUGUCAAGUAUCGUGCUGCCUUGAGAUAAGAGUUUGAAGUUAAACACUUGUUAUAAUUUCAAAUAGAAAUGCCAUUAAAUUUGAUUUAGUUUGGCACUUGUAGACGUCCAAUCCAUUUGAGCUGGGAGGCCUGGCAGCGAAUGAAUGAAUAUUCACUCGCCUUUAAUGGUACCCGACGAGUUAAUCCAUUUCAGACUAAGCAAAGCAGGAAUUAAUGACAGAAUAUAUUGUAUUUCUAAGACGAUAAUGAUUAUCCUGUGAAUACUUUGAUAUUGUAUGUCUACACCUCUAAGGAUUGUUUAUUAGCAUUAAACCAAGAUUACUAAUCUAAAGUAAAGCUGUGUUGGAUUUUAGAUACACAAAGUGUAAUCCAGAGGUGGGUAGAGUAGCCAAAAAGUUUACUCAAGUAAGAGUAGCGUUACUUCUAAAUAAUAUUACUCAAGUAAAAGUAAAGGUAGUUGCUCAAAAAUUUGCUGAAGUAAAAAAGUAUUCUUUGAAAAUAAUACUCAAGUAAUGAGUAACAUUGUGAAUAACUGCUUGCUAUGUCGGAUGUCGUUUCAUUUUUUUUUUUGAUAAUGGUAUUUUUUUAUCACCACAACUUAAUCUAUAUGAACUGUUAUUAUUAUACUGUACUAUAAGCCCAGCGGUCCCCAACCCUUUUCGCACCACGGAGCGGUGUGAUAUGGUCCUUAUUUUCAUGGACCGGCAAUGGGUGGCAGAAAAUUACAGUAAAUAUAAAAUAACACAACGGUGCUAAAACAUUAAGUCCAAGGAAAGCGUAACUCACCAUAUGCUGAAUCAACCUUUUUCAACAGUGGCCGCUCCUAAAACUUGACACAAGCAUAUGAGUUUGUCUCCAAUCGAGAAAGGUUUCUUGGCUUUAGCAGUACGGUUCGCCACGGGGUAUGUUGCUGUCAGUACUUUCGCUUUUGUUCCCUCGAUUUUGUCAGCUUUUAGCCAUAUAUGGCAAAUGCAGAAUGGACUUGGUUGUAUGCUCCUCUUCUGGCUCAGCAGGUGGCCUUUUCCUGUAAAAAAGCUGUCCAAAGACAUCGCCGCCCGCAGCACACAUCCAACAGCAGCUAAUGUUACUGUUUACAUUGACUGACGCUAGUGUGCAAACAUCCCGGUAAUGGCGGCCAACCACUAGAAGGCAGCGUAAGCAAAUCUCGACUCAAGAUUAGUCAAGAGGCACAGGCCAGAUUGUUGUCGUUAACAAAUUAUUUAUUUCUCUGCGACCUGGUAUCAAAUGCACCACGGACUGGUACUGGUCCCCAGCCCGAUGGUUGGGAUCUCAGCUGCGUUGCUGAACCUAUUACAUGACCGUAUAAUGUCAAAAAGGUGACACAAAAAUCAUCAAAUUUAGACCAGAACACUAUGACCCAUUAUGCGUCCAAAGAGCAUGAGUGCCCUGUAGUGGAGGGAAAAAAAACAUUGUUACCUCUUAAUGGUAUGAUGGAGUCAAUCGUUUAUUGUUGCGACAUCUCAUUGGUGAAACUGGUAGCAUUACUGUUGAAAUCUCUGGCAAACAUAAAGUCAGUUUGUAGAAUAAGGAGGAAAAAUGUAACGACUUUAGUGUAGCCCAAAGUAGCGGAGUAAGAGUAGUGUUUCUUCUUCACAAAUCUACUCAAGUAAAAGUAUUGUGUGGUAAAACUACUCUAAGAAGUACAUUUUUCUCAAAAAGUUACUCAAAUAAAUAUGAAGGGGUAAAUGUAACGCAUAAAUGUAACGCGUUACUACCCACCUCUGGUGUUAACCUUAACUGGGAGUGGCUUGAUGCUGAUAUCAUGACUGGAAAUCAGUUGAGUUCACUGCCACCGUACAGUACAGUGGUACCUCGACAUACGAUUGCUUCGACUCACGAUCUUUUCGACAUCCAACGUAAAAUUUGACUCGCCAUUUGUUUCUACAUCCGAUGACAUGGCCGAAAUACGAUGAUUAAUGACAGCGCCGCAGUUUCUUUGUUUUCCAGCAAGACGGACGCACGGCGGAUUUUCUUGUGAGAGAAAUCAACAUGGGUUCCAAGAAUGUUAGUGCAGGUGGUGAUAAAAGGAAAAAGUUGAGGCUUACCAUUGAAAUGAAGAUGGAAAUGAGAAAUAGAAAUAGAAAAUAGAAAAAUCAGGGCGUGGUGCGGGCAUCCGUGAACUGGCUCGACAAUACUAUACUAUACUAUCUCAACGGUCCUCCUCCGACCUCCAUUCACCAGUCUUUAUAAGUUAAGGUGACAAUUACAUUAUUGUGGUAACAUCGCCAAAAAAAUCGCCAGCUUUGUCAGGUUUUUAAUCAUUUAUUUCAGCUUGUGGACCACAACAUGCCUACUGUCCGCUGCAGCUGAACAAAGUGAAAGUAAAAAGUCCCUCUCUCUGUCUGUCAAGUCAACCACGCUGUGCGUUCAGGUACACCACGCAAAACACACCCGCCACAUUAGAACCCGACUCGUUACAUUAUUACAGGUAUUAUUAUUAUUCCGAUUUAUGUUAAUAAUUUCUUUAUUUUGACCUGUGUAACUGCUAUUUGCAAUAGUACCAGCAGCACUUGUUAAGGAUUUAGUGUAGGUUUUGGGGCUGUGGAAAGAAUUAAUGGACUUAUAAUGUAUUCUUAUGGGGAAAUCCUGCUCGACAUACGACCAUUUCUACUUACAAACAAGAUCCCAGAACGAAUUAACCUCGUAUGUAGAGGUACCACUGUAACUACAUGUUUUGCCCGCAAGUCAAAGCUAAAAAAGUCUUAUUUCAAGGCAUCACUCUGUACUACGUAUAAGCUAGAUCAGUGUUUCUGGACUUUAACAGAGCCAAUUUAAUCACAAAACAUUUUAAUUCACUCACAAUUUUACUGACUUCCUUUCCUUUUGUUUUGUUUUAUCAACAACUGGACCUUUUGCCAUCUUAAGGUCAAUAUAAGUCACUUGCAUUGAUGUAUGAGCAAAGAUGUAUUACUUAGAAGUAAAAACAAAAAACAAAGAUUUUUGUUCAAUGUGAGAACUCAUUUUGCUGGAUUCUGUGUAAAAGAGGCGACUGACAACAGGAAUAUUCAAGUUGGACAUUAUUCUCCACAAAGCAAUGCAGCUUCAUUAUGACCUAUGUUGUUUAUGUCUGACUGAUCCACUAUAUGAAACAGUAUUUGUGUUAAUUAUUAAUAGUGAUUUUUUUUUUUAGGUGGUGUUCAUUUAAUUGACUUCAUUUUUAUCGUUGUUGUUUUUUAGUUUAGUAUCAAGCAGACUACAUGAGUGUUGUCCCUUGCUGUAGUAAUGGUUUAAAUACCAAAGAUGUGCUCCAUGUUAACAUUUAGGAAAUUACAGAAGCCAUGUCAUCAAUGCAAGUAUUAAGAAUGGCAGUCCAAAUUUAUUAUUAUUAUUUUUUUUUUAAUAGUCAGCGGGUUGCCGUGUAAAUUUUUUGCUCACAAAUCAUAAUAUUUGAAAGUCAAAUAUGUCUGGCAAAUGUUUCUGUUAAAUUUUGCAUUUAAAAAGUCAAAUAAUAGUCACUUGCUUGCCAUUUUUGAAAUCAUACAACACAUUUUGCUGCAAAGACUUCACCACCAGUUGACAAGACAGCUCCCACAAAUACUGCACCACGCCUUCCCGUUGGGGCCGACCUAGGCAGAGCAUUUGGCUUUCACUUUGAUGAACUCAAACACACGCUGCAUUUAAACGCCGGGUUUGGGUGGAAAAAGGCCGAAAUUUUGACUGCAUCCAAGCAGGCGGGAAUGUCUGAAGAGUCAUUUGUUUGAGGAUUCAAGAUAUUUAAUAUAUAAAAUAAUCCCAUGCAUGCACUUUGAAACAUUGUGAAAAAAAUGCACUGAAGAAAUUUGAAUUUGAAGAAAUGUAACUUUACCUCGAAAUAUUCACGUAAAAUGAAUGAUAACUGCCUGUUUUUUUGCUUUUAACCAAUAAUCUAGACCACAGGUGUCAAACCGAUUCCAGAAAGGGCCUAGUGGGUGCUGGAUUUUGUUCCAACCGAUAACGGGCAGAGAGUUUAACCAAUGAACUUCCUGCUGAAACAAGCAGCACCUGACAAAGUUUAACUGACUACACAUGUAAAAGAUCUAAUUGGUGAAAAGGUGUCCUCAUCAUUCGUUGGAAAGCAAACCUGCACCCACUAGGCCCUUUCUGGAAUCGGUUUGACACCUGUGAUCUAGACUGUUGUUGAUGUUAAUAUCUACAGAAAUUCCAGGAUGUACACAUUUAUUUUAUUUUUGUUUUGUGAUUGCCGCCAUGUUGUUUCUAUCCACAGCAGCGUAACUUUACAUUCAAAUGAUCAGGUAAUUUUCGGCCAACAGCCCGUUUUUUUGGCUAAAGAAAAAGUAGUAAUUUAGACAUCCAACCAAAAAAAAAACAAAAAAAUCACCUUUUACAUGUUUUAUUAUAUGCAACAUUUCAAUCUAAAAAUGUUGAGGGCCAGAUAGCCGACAUGGCUCCAUGCUGAGGCAAUAGUAACAUCAGAAUUCAACCUAAAUAAGUUGUGACUGUAUAUAGAAAAACGCAAAUGUUGCUUUUGUUGAGUAAAUUUAAGAUGCUUUCCUCAAGUAUUAAGUUUCUGAUGUGAAAAUUGAUUUAUUAGCUGUAACAGUAAAUAAAAAAGAAGUUGCUAUUUUGGGUAAAAAUGUUAUUGGAUAUGUCAAAUAUUACUAUUAAUCCUGAAAAUGUAGGUGAUUUUCACUGCAUUUGGUGAUUUUUGCGCAUCUUGUGUAAAAUGAGAAUUUUAUAGCCAUUUUAAGUUUUGUUAUACUUGUAUAAAAAAAAACAAAAAACAAUCGGGAUUUUAUUAGGGAACAACUGAAUUUUUUUUUUUGUCAUUGCUCAUGGAGACUCAUAUAUAUUUAAGGGAGCUACCUGUUUUGGUUUUAGGUUGCUAGCGGUUUUGGUUUUAGGUUGCUAGCGGUUUUGAAAAUAUUUGAAUUUUAAGUUUUUGAAAAUACGUCCCCUACAGAUCGGACCCGAGCCCCGUGUUCUGUCAACUGAUAGUGAAGUCUAUGCUUGGUGUUGUAGGGCAGUUCAAAUGCUAAAUUUGUUAAGCAUACUGUAGGUUAUGUCCCGAAACCAAGUAUUAAAAACCUAGGAAAAUGUCAGGCUCAAUCUGGGGGAAAAAAAAUUUACGAUAUCAAAAUGGGCCAGAAAGACGGUUUCCAGACAAAUGUUCAAAAAUAGGCAGCUCACAAAAGAUUUACCCACUAUUUGUAUCCAAGCAAUUAACGUCAGUUUUACAUCCCAAAAAAAGUUAGUGUUAAAUCUGCAACCUGGCCUCAUACUGUCAACUAAAGCGCAUCUUUUUUUGGCCUGAAAAAAAUAUAUAUAUAUCAUCCAAUUCUGAUGUUAACAUCGCUGCCAGCACUGACUGCACUCAAACAUUCAUCUCAUACUCAUGUAGACAUGAAGAUAUCUUUUUUUUUUUUUUUUUUAUACUCUCCUCUUUUAGAAUCAGACUAAUGCCAAAAACAUUCCUUUCUAGAGAUUUCCAUUCAUGCUGAGAACACUGCACGAACACCUUUGCUAUCUGGGUUAAAGUCGCUUGCUUAAGUAGUUGAUAAUCUGACAUCAUUUUUAUUAUUUAACCGAGUGACGUUUUCCAGUGUUCUGUUUGCGAGCAUCCCUUAUGCAUCAUCUUCUAUAGUGAUUUCCAAUAGCGUAGGCAAUCUUGUGUGUUCUUAUUGCAUUAACCACUUAGAAAGUUUCUCUGGUGUAUUUGUACAAGAAAAAAAGGCAAAACUAGAAGAUUUUUUUGAAGUAUGAGGGAUGUCAGACAUGAGUUCAUUUUAACUUUCAAAUUACUUGUUUCAAAUGAUUGUCUCAAAAGUAAUCCUGUUGCAUGUGCUUGCAUUUAGGAUACAAAAGUACAUUUGGGAAAAUAAUUUACAGUUCCUGAAAUUUGCCACUAAGGUUCUAGCUACUUUAACAAAUCAUCUUUAACUAAACGAAACACUCAACAAUUUUCUCCUUUUGUUUUUUUUUUUUUUGCAAUGACAAGAAAAUUGCUCCUUCAUGUAUUUUCAGGUGACUGUUAAACAAUUUUUUAAAUCACCUCUGUCAUCGACACUGAAUUAACUGAACGUUUGCACUGUUAGUUUAACACUGUACCUUACACAAAUUUGAAACUUCGCCAUGUAAAUGUAAAAGUUUGACGAUAUGUACUGUUGACUGUCAAAAAAAAAAAAAAGGGGAAAAAAAAUGAUGUGAUACAUGCUGAAAACAUGGGAUUUGUUGUUGGAUACCCUUGCUGUUAAAUUUUAGCUUUAGUUUGACAAACGUGUACUAUAUAGUUCCUUUUUUAAUACAUUUUCUACAUAUUAAUAAAA